CGCCUCCGCCUUCCCGGUGCCGCUGCCCGCCAUGGCGGAGUGGGCCCCCGCCCAGCUCCAGGAAUGGAACGUGGAAGCGCAGCACCUGAUGCCCCUGCAGCCGCCCCUGGUGCCUGAGCUCAGCCACAUGCGGGAGGCCCAGCUGCACACGGCCGAGGCCUCCCUCUGGAGCGUGGUGGCCACCGUCCAAGCCAUGGAGAGGAAGAUCGACCUGCUGGCCACCCGGCUGCUCAGCCUGGAAGGCCGGUCCGGGACGGCCGAGAAGAAACUGCUGGAUUGUGAGAAGACCGCCAUGGAGUUCAGCAACCAGCUGGAGAACAAGUGGGCCGUCUUGGGCACCCUCAUCCAGGAAUACGGCCUGCUGCAGAGGAGGCUGGAGAACAUGGAGAACCUCCUCAAGAGCCGCAAUUUCUGGGUCCUCAGGCUGCCCCCGGGGUCCAAGGGAGAAACCCCCAAGAUGCCGGUUACGUUUGUGGACAUCGCGGUUUAUUUCUCCGCCGAAGAGUGGAAAAAUUUGGCUGAUUGGCAGAAAGACAUGUACAACAAUCUUAUGAAGGAGAACUACGAAUCCUUGCUAGCACUCGGCACUGACAUCAACAUCGCCAAACCCGAGAUGCACCCCAGGGCCGAGCGGGCAGCGCCUGAAUCCAGCGUCCCGGAGCUGCCGAGCACGAAGGAGCGCGAUGUAAUCCCCGUGCCUUGCACAGGACCCUUGGCCUCCACGCCGGAUAUCCUGACGCGCAUCAAGCAGGAGGGGGCCUUCAGCGGAGGAGGCCCCUUCUCCGAGGACAGAGGCCUGGCGGCCGAUCCGUGCACAGGUGCCCAGGGGCUCAUGUCCGCCCAUGACUUCCUAUCUUGGAUUAAGCAAGAAGAUGAUCCGUGUGUCCGACAUCAAUGGGACGCGUCAGAAAGCGAGACCCUCCCUGUGCACGUGGGGCCGGCUGGAGAUGGGAUGACCAUCAAAGCGGAGCAGCCGCGCCUGUGCCCGGAAGAGUCGGCGAGGCCUCGGGAGAUGCUCUUCCAGGGAGAGUCGCCUGCAGCAGCCGCUCUUGCCGUCCCUCCAGCAGCAGAAGGUUAUGAGGCUCCUCGUGGGCCGCCCGUCAGCCCCACCAAAUGUAGGCCGGGUAAAUCUCUGGAGUUAGACAGUGAGCUGCAAAGCAUCCUGGGCCCUUCUCAGGGCUCGGCCGAACGGCCCCAUGGCUGCAGUGAGUGCGGCAAGAUGUUUGGGGUGAAAAAGAGCCUCAAAGUCCACCAGCGCAGUCACCACGGCCAAGCCCGGCCGUACGAGUGCGCCGAGUGCCGCAAGAGCUUUAACUGCCAUUCGGGAUUGGUGCGGCAUCAGAUGACCCACCGGGGCGAACGCCCUUACAAGUGCGCCGAGUGCGGCAAGUGUUACAGCCGCAAGGAGCACCUGCAGAACCACCAGCGGCUGCACACGGGCGAGCGCCCGUUCCAAUGUCCCGUCUGUGGGAAACGGUUCAUCCGGAAGCAGAAUCUGCUCAAGCACCAGCGCAUUCACACGGGUGAACGCCCCUACCAGUGCGCUGAGUGCGGACGCAGCUUCCGCUACAAGGAGUCUCUCAAGGACCACCUGAGGACUCACAGUGCCGAGGCCUCGGCCCAGCGACUCCUGCCCGGGUUGGGGGGUGACGGUCUUACUUAGUGUCCUACAGCAGCGGGAGAGAGCCCAGCCUCUCAGCCCGGUCUAAUUAAGCCCCCCCCCCCAGUACUCCCUCAGCAGCCCCCAGUCUUAUGCCUUAAUUUUUUCCUGGUGUGGAAAAACAGCUGGACAGAUGGGCUGGAGUAGGCAGACUCAAUUUGAGCAAGAAUCUGUGCCAACUGCCAUAACACCAUUUCCGAGAAAGGACACGACAGCGUGCAGAGGCGACCUAUAGCUACUUGCAACCAAGUACCACAAAAGUCUCACUCCUUUCAGCUGAUGGUGAAGAAUCAUGCGCACGCACACACAAAUGCCAGUACAAAAAGAUCCCGGCCCUUUUGGGGAGAGGACAGACGGGUCUGAAAAGUUUUCUGACCCCCAGUUCCCUUCCUUCCUUCCUUCCCUCCUCUACUGGUGCACCUACAUGGUACGUGCACAUGCGCAGGAUAUUAUUUCUUGCAUGUAAGACACUAAAGCGGCCUCAUUUUGCUGGGUGCACAAGGCAUAGUGUGUCUCUUGUGCUUCUGUUGGAUGCCGCCGGCUGCAGAGUUAUACUUUCCCAUCGGUUUCUGACAGAGUGACUCGCAACUUAUAGCAGCAGAACUAUAA